AUGGAUUGGUACUGGUGGUUAUCCAAAUCCACCCUCGACCCACUCCUCGUCUAUGACUACUCUCUUCUCUUCACCGCCAACGAGCUCGAGGAAGACGAUAUCAAACACUUCAACCAUGAGUUCCUGCAAAGCAUGGGCGUCUCCAUAGCUAAGCACAGGCUCGAGAUACUUAAGGUGGCUAACAAGUCGGAUUCCAAAACUAAAUAUAGCCUCUUCGCCGCCAUCAACAGGACCAAGAUUUAUAUAACAGAGCACGUUCAGAGUCUUCUCAAAAGAGAUGACUCGAGGGUCCCCGUCGUCCCGAGGAACCCCUCCAUGUUGAAGAGGAACAAGAAGGUUCAGGGCACUGCUCCGGUGGUAUCACUAUCUCCCACUCCGAUCCGGGUACCCCGCAGCCCGAGCCCCACGGUCUGCAGGCAUAAGAAGAGUGAAAAGUGCGACGAGGAUAUCAGAUGGGGUUUCAUGCCUCAGGACCUGAAACCCAACUGA